AUGCCGUACGUAUGUUGCCCGCACACAGAUGAACAACCAAGUACUAUGUCUAUUGAAUAUGCGCGUGGUGCUAUCUUCUUCCUUGUCAUGCCGUCCACGUCGGAUCAGUAUAGCUCACGUGUGCGUCCCAGAGCUUACGAAUGGACUCGGCGUGUGGUUCCCAUUUUUACUGAGUUUGGUAUCAAGCCUUUGGACACCUGGCACCCGACGGAUGCUCGGUUACUAGACGCCGCGCCUACACAGAGCGAUGGGACCCACUGGGGCAGAAGGCAAACAAAAGGCCAUAGCAGUGAGGUAGGGAUGUCAUUCGUUGUGAAUCUGAUACAGCAGCUGUGUCCUGAGGGACGCGCACCGCCGGAGGUCUCAGCGGCGACAGGUGACUUGUGACAUGUGACAUGUGACAAUCUUUGUACGUAUCGAACACGCGAGGAUGAAAGCUUAUAGCGUUAACUCUGUAAAUAUACUAUAUGAAUGUAUAAGCGGCAUCUAUAUUCGCAGGCUCAGGUAUCCGAGCAGCUUGGAGUGUAGCUGCUGGUCAGCUACAUACAAACUAGAGUCCUGGCACAAAGCUAAUACAUGGCAUUUGGAGACCUGUGAAAGACACGGACGCGAGGGCCAUGUCAUCUCUAACAUUUGUCGUGUAGAGUGCACAGCUGUCAAUAUAUAACCAUUGAUUGCAAGAGCGUAUAGCUUGUACGUGACAACAUCCCAAAUCAUACGUAGUGCAUGAUCGGUUGAUCCGAUUUGACUGCUUCUUCUGGGAACAGGAAGGAUAGUAGUACACUGAAUAAUAUACCCGAGCAAACUUCGACUUGGCAGCCCCACUUGCGCUGCAUGUCUCCUGUGAAACUGCACCCGGCUGUUCACCAUAUGCAAGGACUGCCUGGGGUAUGACAGUACAGCGUCAACCACAUCAACUAUGUUGGCAUCAGAAGGUGAUAUGAAUAGCUCAUGCACGUGUUUCAAUUUAGCAGGCUUUGUGCACCUGUAUUGAAAAAUAAACGUCUUCAGUACGAUCACUAAAAC